AACCGUCUUCCAUCCUCACGUCCCAAAGGUGAUAUUUACCAUACUAUAAAGUCAUGCACCUCGAACUAUUCCAGAUCCUGGAGAACAAAUUCCGAAUUUUUGAACCCAACAUACAAACGUGAACUCUACACCAUCCCAAUAAUAGCGGGUAAAACGACCAGGACCGCACAAAAACCAACAACCCGCAAAGGCAAGAUCUGCAACUGCGAACAUCAUCAUCAUUCGCAACUAAUCCUUACUCGUCAGCUGGCCGUCUGGGAAAAGAACCCGGCUGAUUUUUCUAUUGAAUAACCCCAGGGAAAACAACUGCAACGAGCGUGCGACCCCUUCGUGUGAUAUAAAACGAAGACAACGACAUCCCAUUGUCAUCGUUGGUUAUCGGUCAAAAGCGAAAUCAUCUAAUCAUUCACUCAAGCGGUCAAUAAAUCACUUAUAAGAUCAGCGCCACAUACACUGCUCUCCUCUCGAUUCAGCAAUAACUUCAUUUUCUUCAUUUUAUAACUUACUUUACCCUUCUAACCAACAACGAUGCCUGUCGCCCUCGCAACUUCCCUCACCGACCCUGUUGAGUCCAUCAAGGCUGGCCUUGCUGCCGUCGAUGUGAACAAGGAGACGCCCUUCGACCUUCGAGCAUACUCUCACUUUGACUCCACCCCCAGUAUUGGUACUGAGUUCCGAGACUCUCCUUCCAAGGAUGGCAAGCCGGUAUUGAGUAUUCGAGACAUCCUUGGGAAUGAUGAGCGAUUGAAGGCCCUCGGGCGGCUUGUUUCUGAGCGAGGUGUCGUCUUCUUCCGUGACGCCACGAUCUCCCCUGUAGAGCAGAAGGAUCUUAUAGAGGCUCUUGGUGCCCUUGGAGGAAAGCCCAAGACUAGUGGUCUACACGUCCACCCUCUUACUCUUGGCGGAAGUGAGCUUGGUGAUGAGAUUAGCGUUAUCUCCAACCAAUUCGUUUUCGACAAGAACUUCCAGAAAAGUGAUGACACUGUUUUGAAGAGACCUUUCGGCAAUACUCUCUGGCAUUCUGAUAUCACCUUUGAGCCCCACCCUUCUGACUACGCCACUCUUCAGAUCAGAACCCUUCCCGAAGUCGGUGGUGACACUCUCUGGGCUUCCUCUUACGAGGCGUACGACCGUCUUUCCCCCGCAUACAGGACCUUCCUCGAAGGUCUCACUGCCACCCACGUCGGUCAACAUUUCAUUGACAUGGCCCGCAAGACCAACGCCACCUUGCGAGAGCCGCGAGGUGCUCCUGAGAACGUCGGCCAGCACUUGAGCGCUGUCCAUCCUGUCAUCAGGACCAACCCCGUCACCGGCUGGAAGGGUCUCUUUGUCAACCGAGUCUUUACCAAGAAGAUUAACGAAUUGACUCCUCAUGAAUCUGACCGUUUGCUCGGAUUCCUUUAUGAGCACAUCGAUGGUAACCACGACCUUCAGGUCCGAUUCCGAUGGGAGGAGAACAAUCUUGCCAUCUGGGACAACAGAUGCACUUUCCACUCUGCCACUUAUGACCUGGACAAGAACGUUCGAGUUGGAACCAGGUCUGUUUCCGUGGGUGAGAGGCCAUUCUACGACCCCAAGUCCGUAAGCCGUCGUGAAGGUCUUUACAAUGAAAAGGCAGAGCUUGAAAAGGCAAACGAGGCAGUCGGUGAUGGGUUGUAAACUAAAUAUUUU